CUGACUCGGGCCUGGCCCUUCUCGCAGCGGCCGGGGGAGCUGUGGCCUUGCCGAGGGGAGGUUUAACCAAUGCGGGUCCCAGCCGCCGGGGCCGAGGUGAGAGCCCGGCAGCUCCCUCGCCUCCCGAACACCUGCACUUCGGACCGCGGGGGGCUAAGCUCCCUGCUCUGACUUUCUCUCUUCGGGGUGUUUACAGGCUUCGCCCACCAUGGACUCCCCCUGCCCCACACCGUUGAGUUGAGACGCUGGACUCCCCCAUUGGGGGGGGGGGGGGUGUUUAUUUUUGGGAAGAUGAACCUGACACACAGGCUGCAGGACUGGGCCAGCCAAAGGCUCCUGGAUCCCUUCAACACCUCGCGACAGCGGCUGCACGCUCUGAGCGGGAACUCCACCUCUUCCUCUUUCCAGGGGGAUCUCCAGGAGAUCAUCCACACAGCCACGCUGGUCACCUGCACCUUUCUGUUGGCCAUCAUCUUCUGCCUGGGAUCCUAUGGCAACCUCAUUGUCUUCUUGUCGUUCUUCGACCCAGCCUUCAGGAAAUUCAGGACUAACUUUGAUUUUAUGAUCCUCAACUUGUCCUUCUGCGACCUCUUCAUUUGUGGGGUAACUGCCCCCAUGUUUGCCUUUGUCUUGUUUUUCAACUCUGUGAAUGGUGUUCCUGAUGCUUUCUGCUUCACUUUCCACCUCACCAGCUCUGGCUUCAUCAUCAUGUCUCUCAAGACAGUGGCUGUGAUAGCCUUGCAUCGGCUCAGGAUGGUCCUAGGGAAGCAGCCCAACCGAAAUGCCUCCUUCCCUUGCACCCUCCUUCUCACCUUGCUCUUGUGGGUCACAAGCUUCACCUUAGCUAUCUUGGCCACCCUGAGAACCCGUAAGUCACGCCUCUGCCUCCCCAUGUCCAGCCUGAUCAGUGGCGAAGGGAAGAUCAUCCUCUACUUGUAUGUGAGUGAUUUCAUCUGCUGUGUAACUGUGGUCUCAGUCUCCUAUAUCAUGAUAGCUCAGGCCUUGAGGAGAAAUGCCCAAGUGAGGAAAUGUCCCCCCAUCAUCACAGUAGAUGCCUCCAGACCACAGCCUUUCACUGGACCUCCUGCUUCAGGAGCGGUGGAUGGGGUGCAGUGUGCUGUGCCUGCUUUAUACAGGAACCAGAACUACAACAAGUUGCAGCACAUCCAGACCCAUGGCUACAGUAAGAAUCUCAGCCAGCUGCCAGCUCCCACAGCCACCAGGCUCCAACUGGUAUCUGCAGUCAAUUUGUCCACUGCUAAAGACUCCAAAGCGGUGGUGACAUGUGUGGUCAUUGUCCUCUCUGUCUUAAUUUGCUGUGUCCCCCUGGGGAUCUCCUUGGUGCAGGAUGUGCUUUCCAGUAAUGGUGGUUUCAUCCUCUACCAGUUUGAGUUGUGUGGAUUUACCUUAAUUUUUUUCAAAUCUGGAUUAAAUCCUUUUAUAUAUUCCCGUAACAGUGCCGGACUUAGAAGGAGAGUUCUUUGGUGUCUCCAGUAUUUAGCCCUUGUUUUUUUCUGCUGUAAGCAGAAGACAAGGCUUCGAGCCAUGGGCAAAGGGAGCUUGGAAGUCAACAGGAACAAAUCAUCCCAUCAUGAAACCAAUUCAGCAUACAUGUUGUCUCCAAAACCUCAGAAAAAGUUUGUGGACCAAGCUUGUGGUCCUAGUCAUUCUAAGGAAAGUGUGUUGAGUCCCAAGGCUUCUGUUGGACAUCAGCACUAUGCACAGAGCAGCUCAACUCCCAUGAAUACCCGUAUUGAACCAUAUUACAGUAUCUAUAAUAGCAGCCCUUCCCAAGAAGUCAGCACCCCUAAUAGCUUACAGCCAGUGAAAUCUACUUUUGGAUUUGCCAAAUCCUAUAUUGCCAUGCAUUAUCAUACCACCAAUGACUUGGUGAGAGAUUAUGACAGCACUUCAGCUAAGCAGAUUCCUAUCCCCUCAGUUUAACUUGGAGUAUGUCAGAGAAACUUGUCCAAACUUCAUCUGGUUUUCUGUCUCCCUUUUAUUUUUACUUGUGAUUAUUCUAAACUCAAGGUAUAGUAUUAUAUCUGAUUUUGCUACACAGUUGCCAAUUUACAAAUUACUAUUAUUGUUAAUAUUCGGUGAUUUAGAGAUGAACUAAGAAGUAGAGUAUGGUUUCCAUGAUAUUUUCCUGAAAAUUUUAUAAUUUGUCAUUACUAAAAGGGCAUCUUUUGUACUUGGAAUACAUUAGAGUGUACUUGGAAUACAUUAGAGUUAUAUUAGAGUGUUUUAGUUAUUAAAUUUUAUGCUGACUACUGUACAUGUGGAAAGUGUAGGUUUAAUUUAUAUCAUGUGACAAAGUAUGUAAAAAAACAGACUUUGCCAGCAUUAUGGUUUGUUAUAUAUUUGCUCUAUUUUUAAGAAUGCGGAAAACCGUGUUUCCAGUGAAUAGGGUGGAUGCUUAAGGAUUUAUUUUUAUAAACUAAGUAAAAAAGUUUGUUUUAUUGUAGGCAUUGAAAGAAUGAAUAAUAUUCCUAUAAUAGGUGUGGCCUGAUUAAUUUUUCUAUGGUAAUGUGAAUUCCUGGCUUUAUUGAAAUCAGUGGAAAACUAUCGCUGACUUCAGUGGGACCAGGGUUUGACUCAUCAUUAGCCAUAAAUAAUGGUAUAUUACUAUCUAUUCAGAAUGAUCUUUGCAAGAGGCAUUGAAACUUGUUAUAUGGUAAUCUUAAUUUCUCUUAUUGUAGGCACUGGUUUAAUAAAAUACAAUUUUAGUGGCAUAUGGAGAAGUGAUUUUCAAUUGAUAAAAGUUAACUUACAAUGCCUAAUUAUAAGUUUUACUUGAGGUACAAAUGACUAUUGCAAUGUCACAGUGCUGCAUUUCUUGCUAAUGCAAUAGCCUAUGUAAUUUUGUAAUUUACAAACUGUUACCUGAGGAGCAGUGUUGUUGUUUGUAUUUUGUCUAUGCCUUUAUAUAUUUGGAGGAUUAGGAUAUGACAUUGCCAUCAAAUGCGGGUAGAAAUGACUAAUACCUGAAAAAGGACUACCAAGUAACCAUAAUAUUAUUAAAAGCGGCCAGGAGUCCUGUGGCACCUUAUAGACUAACUGAGGUGUAGGAGCAUAAGCUUUCGUGGGCAAAGAUCCACUUCGUCAGAUGCAUCAGUAUAGACCUACACCUCAGUUAGUCUAUAAGGUGCCACAGGACUCCUCGCCGCUUUUGCAGAUUCAGACUAACAUGGCUACCCCUCUGAUACUUGACAUAAUAUUAUUCUUUUUUCAGAUUUUCUUAUCUACUAAAACAUUUAAAAACAUUCUAGUGAUAAAUUAUUUAUCAUUAAAUCAGAUUGUCUACUUCUGCAUUUUAUUUAUAGCCCUACAUGAGGAACAAAAUGUAGACAUUAAAUAUUUUUAUAUUACCGAUAAGUAGUUUUAUUGUAACAUGUGUAUUAUGUCAAAUCCCUUUUGAAACAGGAUGGUUUAAUUUUAAAAUAAAGAUUUUGCUAUUAUAUCGGAAGCCAAAAUGUUCAAAUUGGUAUUCUUAAAGUCUGUCACUUAAAUAAGUAGUCUAUAUUUCAAAAGUGUUUAAAAACUC